AUGUCGAUUCGUCAAGAAGUACACCAGCACCAUGCACCAUCAAAUCCGGCGGCCGAACGAAGAGUACGAGAAGCUAUUGAGAGAGCAGCAACACGAAAUUCGCAACUACUGAGCGAGCUGGAAGCUACAGCUCACGGACCCGGACUGCUGGGAAACAAUCAUAUCAAGAUCGAACAUGUUGACAAACGUCUCGCCGAUCUCGAGCCCGAGGUUGAAAAGGCCGUGGCUGCUGCCAACCAGCAGCUCAAGAGCCACAAGGCCUAUAGAGACUCCAUUGGAAAGAAAUGGGUCUACACUCUUUUGAAGAAGAGAGACGCUUUUGAUGAAAAGGCCCAGCGUGAGGAGAGGGCAUACCACCAAGUGCUUGAAAAGCGCCACAAGGCCGAAGCUACGCUGAAAGAGCUGAACGCUGAUAAGGAGGCACUGAUUGUUGAGAUGAAGACUCUGGAAGAUCUGGUGGGACGACACGGCGCUGCCCACAAAGGCAUUGAUAACCUCUACUCGGAAAUCUUCGAUGGACCGACGGCUGGCUUCCCGGACGAGGACGAGCAGGAACAGGCACACAAAGUAGCCAAGGUGUCCCUUCAGGAGAGGACAGAGGCACUCAAGGCAGCAGUUCGAGGCGUCAAGGCGGCUCAGGUGGUCAAACUCGCCAUCGAGCGUGCCCUGUUUGAGAAGCAACGGGCAGGCUUUGAGAACCACUCUGACAUCUUUUCGCAACGAAGUUUCCACGGAACGCUGAGUCGCUGCGUUGCAUACAUCGAUCGCGGCCUCGAACUCACCAACCAAGCCAUUGACGUCCUCGAAACAAGGCCUGGACCCGAGCAGUUGCAAGCCAAGCGCAAUCUUGAGCAGCAUCUUGUCACUGCCAAGACACAAGCAACGUCGCGUUUGAAGGACAAAACACAGAACACUGCACUCUUGGAAAGACUGGGAAGCGCAUUAACAAGCGCAUUGCAAGCCCAGAAAGAGUAUCACGAAGCUAUGAAGAAAGUCAGCGAGUCGUGCAGAAAUUCUAUCCGGCAGACUGCAAGAUCACUAGAAAACGAACGGCGCGCUCUUCAACAGAUCCGACAGAGUGCCUUUGAGACAACUGUCGGCUUUGGUGCCGCUGCUCCGGCAUAUCACGAGUGCUGUGAUCGAGCUCCUGGAUUUGAGGACGACUCUCACGCGCAGACUGUGUCGAUCCAGGAACCAACAGUUGCAGAGAUACCUGUAGACUCAGAACCACCUCCAGAUUAUGAGUUCCCCGACGAGGGAUCAGCGCCCAAUACAACAGCAGAGGCAGCACCGGAACCCAGCACUCAAGCCCAGACUUCUCCUGGCUGGAGGUCCAGUGUUCCCGGUCCGGUCUCUGAUUUGGGCGGAGAGGUGACUCUAACCAACCCACGGGGCCUGACCGAGGUCUCAUAA